AUGAGGACCCCCCGCGGGAUAGCUGAGCAUCUCAUCAGGACCGGGUGCAGAUUCUGGUACCUGGGGCUCUGCAAGGCCCUUGCCCCGCUGAAGGCCGCCUGGGUUGCCUUCUCCCAGCCCAUCCCAGCCAGCUGUGACCAGCUGCUGGCCCAGCUCCUCCUGUGUGGUUCCCUGGCCGUUGCUGCCGGGGGGCUGACCUACUACUGGCUGGUGUCCUCGCUGCUUUAUCCUCUAGGGCCCUCGGCCGUGGUGGCCACUGUCUGUGGCCUCCUGGCCUUCCUGGGCCUGGGCCUGGUGCCCCCCGCCCGCUGUCUGUUUGCCCUCAGCGUGCCCACCCUGGGCACUGAGCAGGGCCGCCGCCUCCUCCUGUCCUGGAGCACCGCCACCCUGGCCGUCGCCGUGGUGCCCAACGUCUUGGCCAACAUGCACGCGGCUGGACAGGUGCUGAGGUGUGUCGCGGAGGGCUCCCUGGAGAGUCUGCUCAACACCACUCACCAGCUGCACACGGCAUCCCGGGCUCUGGGCCCUGACGGCCACGUGGGCAGCCAGGGCCUGACCCUCCAGGCCCAGGGCAAUGGCUCCACCUUCCAGCUCCACAUGCUCCGGAUCACUCAGCAUGUCCUGGAGGACUUCUCCGGCCUGGAGUCUUUGGCCCGGGGGGCAGCACUGGGGACCCAGCGGGCAGUCACAGGGCUCUUUAUGCUGGGCCUCCUGGUGGACUCGGCCUGGUACCUCCAUCGCUACCUGACCGACCUGCGGUUUGAUAACAUGUAUGCUACCCGGCAGCUGGCUCGGCAGCUGGCAGAGGGUGGGGCCACACACCUGGUGGCCUCCCCACCGGCCUGGCUUCUCUGGGCGGCCCGGCCGAGGCUGUCCCCUGCGGAGCUGCUGAGUUGUCUCCUAAGGCUGGGGCUGCUCGCCCUGCUCCUGGUGGCCACAGCUGUGACGGUGGCCGUGGACCAUGUGGUCUUUCUCCUGGCGCAGGCGGCCGUGGACUGGGCUCAGCAGCUGCCCACUCUGCCUGUCAUGCUCACCAUCAAAUACGACGCUGCGUACACUGUCCUGGCCUUCAUCUCCUUCCUCUUCAACCAGCCACCACCGGAGAGCCCCUUCCUCUCUGCCCACAACUCCUUCCAGUGGGAGCUGCGCUUCACUGCCCCCGGCUGCCCGCUGUUGCCCGCCCAGCGCCCGCACACAGCUGCCCCCCUGGCUGCGGGCGCCCUGCAGCUCGUCGCUUGCUCCACGAUCCUCCUGGAGACCUACGCCCGCCGCCUGCGGCAUAGCAUUGCUGCCUCCUUCUUCACCACCCAGGAGGCAAGGAGGGUGCGCCACCUUCAUGCCCGGCUCCAGCGAAGAUACGACAGGCAUCGAGGCCAGCAGCUGGCCCCGGGCACCCUGUCCUGCUCCUGAUACCCGGGAGAGGCAGCAAGCACCCAGCACGGCUAGACAGACCUGCUGGACACCUGGAAGGACAGAGAACUAUGGCGCCGAGAGGAAAGAGCUUGGCGUUGCCCAGACCUGAGCUGUAACCUUGGCCCUCUGCUGCCUCCCUGUGUGACCUUGGGUAGGUUGCAUCACCUCUCUGAGCCUUGGUUUCUAUAUCUGCAUAAGGACUGUAUAACAACAAUUAAUGUGACCUACAUUGCACACAAAUUGGUAAGGGCAGAAUGAGAUAUCGGGCAGGAAAGGCCUGGAUAA